AUGAAUGUUCAUUGGAUCACCUUCGAAGAUGGUAUAGGCUUUAAAGUCAGAAUCUCAAAAAAACUUUCUAGAAAAUCUCGAGAAAAUCGAGAUUAAAAAAUUACGUUUUGAAUUUUCCGCUAAAUUGGCAUUAUGUUUCAAGCUUACAACUUUGUUGCAUCCAGGCUUUUAACAAGUUUUUUAUGUUAUACUAGUAAAAAACUUUUUUAAAUAAACCUACAUUGUUAAAUUUCAAAACGUACCUUAUCUAGAACACCAAAAAAGGGUUUGCAAAUUGCAACACAACGCCAAAUUUGCCUGAUGAGGCCGUUUGGGUACUUUCCUCGUGUGCUUUUUCUUUCUUUUGUUGAUUAAAAAGCGCCUGAAAUGAUAUUUUUAAAUUUUUAAAACGUAAUUUUUUGAUUUCAGCUAUAAGUGAAGUAAGGUAUGGCACAAAAUUAGAGGAGCUUAAAAAGGCUGUUACGGGACGAACACAUAACUUUAAGUUCGAUGUCAUUACUCGAUACAUUCACAAUGCUAUUAUGGUAGAUUUGCUACCUAAUACGACUUAUUGUAAGUUUUUUUAAGUUACAGGCUCCUGUAUAACGAAUCGCUCGGGGACUGGAAACUUGUUCGUUAUAAAGGAGUUUCGUUAUACAGAAGUUUUCAAAACACUGUACAGUGGAAGACGGGAAUUCAAAGUUGUUCGUUAUACAAGAGUUUCGUUAUACAUGGAGUUCCACUGUAUAAUGACGCAAUGAAUCAAUUCGUAUUUUACGCUUUUUUUAAUUUUACUGCAAGGGUUACUUAUGUAUCGUUAAAAUAUCAUUUUUAUAGCCUACCGUAAAUGGUAUUAUCAAGCAGUUUACAUAGAGGUUUAUAAGAAAUUUAUAAAAAUACUAAAUUAUCUAGUUCAAAUAAUCCUGUGCCCUCCAACUCCGAAAAUUUGCUUGAAAAGAGGGCACAGAAACAUUUAAACAAUCUAAUAAUUCAGAAGCUAAAACUUGGCCCACCAAUUAGCUAGCCGUUAGCUUUAAAUACAAGUUAAAAGUGUAAUAUUAACAUUAUGUUUUAGACUACCAAGUAGGAGGCGAUGGAGUAUGGAGUAAAACAUAUACCUUCAAAACUUUACCCUUUGACAAAACCGACUAUAGUCUUCGAAUUUGCAUAUUCGGUGACCUUGGAGUAGAGAAUGGCAUUUCUUUGGAGUAUCUGGCGGAAGCUGCCCAGAACAAUGAGUUUGACUUGAUUAUUGAUGUUGGUAUGCCAUUAUUUUUUUAAUUUUAAUUAGUGUUAGAAUUUAAAAUGAUUUUUUAUAUUUUUUAGCCUCAAUAAGAUCACGUUGUUCGUAUUAUACAAUCUAAACGUUUAAAAAUUAAUUUAAAAUGCCAUUUUAAGGUGACUUUGCAUAUGACCUCCACACGAACGAUGGCCAAAUUGGAGAUAUAUUUAUGAAUCAAAUGGAGCCAAUAGCGAGUAAAGUGCCAUUUAUGGUAGUAGCCGGUAACCAUGAGGAUGAUGGAAAGAACUUCUCUCAUUAUGUCAAUCGGUUUAACAUGCCCAAUGAUCCUUUUGGAGAUAGCCAGGUUUAUAGGUCAGUAAGUCAUGAAAAUUGCAUUGCUGCGAACCUAACUUAAUACAGAGUAGAGAUAGAGAAGGUAAAUUGAAGAAAUAGUAAAAUUACCUUUAUAUAGGCUUUUUUACUUUCAUAUUGACUUAAUUUUACCUCAAUAUUAACCUGCUUUUAACUCAAUAAAGCCUUUACCUCAAUAUAGCCUACUACAAAAUCAAAAUCUAUGUUCUUUUCAGUUUCAAUGCAGGACCAAUUCAUUUCGUAGCUAUUAGUACAGAGUACUAUGGCUUCUUCUAUGAGUACGGACCACAGUCAGUGAUUAGGCAAUACUUUUGGCUCGAGAAUCAUUUGAAAGAAUAUCAAAGAACAUUGCGACAGGAAAGACCAUGGUUGAUUACUUUCCAACAUCGACCAUUCUACUGCUCCAAUUCCAAUAACUUUGAGUGUCAUUCUUUUGAGAAUACUUUGGUAAGUAACUUUUAUUCAUAGUCAGAUUGAAUACUAAGGAUCUUGUAUUAGUUACAAACUACUGUGUGGUAUAAGAAAACCCACUUUAUAGUUAAUAAAGCCUAGUGUAAGCCAUAUUUACAGGGUGCGCCCAAUGAUCUGUUACAAAACUUUACCGGUCGUUUUCUCAAUGUUGCGGUUAAAUUAUUUAAAAUUUUUUAUUUCAGCUUAUUCUCCGUGUUUUUUUAAUUGUAUAACCAUAAAAGUUAAGUCUUCAUUGUCUACUGUCUGUCUGUUUUUAGAUGUCAAACAUGAGGGCUGCCGUCAUCAAAUUAAAUAAUGAAGGAAAAAGUAACCCCAAAAUCGCGAAAUUGUCGAAUAUUUUAAGAAUGACAGUCCACAGAGCCGUAAAACGUUUCGAAGAGCUUAGACAUGACUGUGACAGACCUAAAAGUGGGCGUCCACCAUCUGUUAACAACGUGGCCAAUCGACAGAUGAUCAAGAAGCGCUUCAAGCGAAAUCCACGGACUUCAGUAAGAAAGAUGGCCCGGGAGACAGGAAUCAAAGAAUCUACUUUGAGGCGCAUAGUGGAAAAGAAACUUAAGAUGAAGCCGUACAAACUCAAAAAAGUUCAGAAGCUAACUGAAGAAAACAAGGCGGUACGUUUCGAAAGAUGUAAACUGCUUCAGCAGCGGGCCGCUGGUCAAAACUGGGAACGAAUCCUUUUCACUGAUGAGGGGAUAUUUACAUUUUACAGAGGCCUACAAUCCCCAAAAUGACAAAUAAUACUCAACAGAGGCUCCUUAAGCUGAAUCCAUCGUGGCAAGUCGUCAACACCCUCGGGACAUUAUGGUUUGGACCGGUAUCUGUGCUUCAGGCAAGAUUUCUUUGAUUUUUGUCGAUGAAGGCGUGAAGAUCAACAAAGAAGUGUAUCAAAGAGACAUUUUGGAAGCUGUGGUACUCCCUUUUGCUCGGAAGCUUCAAAGGUGCCGCAUGGGUCUUUCAGCAAGACUCUGCACCCGCCCGUAAAGCAAAAUCAACGAAAGAGUAGUGUCGAACCCAUUUCCCUGACUUCAUUGCAUAUGCUGAAUGGCCUCCAUAUUCUCCCGAUCUCAAUCCUAUGGAUUACCGUGUGUGGUCGAUAUUGGAGGCUAGGGUAUGUAGUAGAAGACACCAAACUUUGGAGUCUUUGAAACAAGCAUUGAUCGAAGAGUGGGACAAAGUGUCACCGGAGGUACUGCGGCCCAUCGCUGAGAACUUUUUGAAGCCUUUACGCUUGUGCCAAGCCGCAAAAGGGGACACUUUGAAACCGAUUGACUAUGUUAUAACUAGUACUACAUGUUACUAUUGUUAGUUGUUGUUUUAGUUAUAUUUGUUGUUAAAAUAAAUAUUUGAUUAAAAAACCGUGUAACAGAUCAUUGGGCGCACCCUGUAUAGCUAUAAUAACAAAGAAUAGUUAAGGACACAUUAUUAUAGAUCACAAAAGGCUACCAAGAUAUGCCCGGCCUAGAGAAGCUCUUCAUCGAAAACGGAGUAGACAUGGGCUUCUGGGGCCACCAACACUCGUACGAACGCUUCUUCCCCAUCAGUUACCGCAGAGUAUACAACCUUACCGAGAACCCCUACCACAAUGCUCCAGCUCCAACUUACGUCAUCACUGGUGCAGCCGGCUGUCACACAAAACACGCCUACUUCGACCAGAACCCAGUACCAGGCAGUGCGGCACGUUACGUUGACUACGGCUACUCAGUACUACACGUACACAACCGUACUCACUUGUAUAUGGAACAGAUUUCGGUUGAGAGACAGAAGAAAGUUAUCGAUGAAUUCUGGAUUUCCAAGGAUGAAAACACUUUUCCAUCGAUCGAAAGGGCUCAACAACAUAUGGCUAUUAACUUCCCUGAAUAUGUGGAACCGACCAGUUGUAAUGUAAAAGACCCUAGAUGUAGAUUCAAUCGACAACGACGAAACUUGUUCAACAAGGGUCAGAAGUAG